CACAAAGGGGAACAUCGGUCAGGAUGAACUUGGGGUUGGGUGAAAGAUGGAGACUGAACUUCGGGGACUAUUGCAACAAUGAGACUGUGAGCCUGCAUUAUAAUGCCACCGGGAAGCUGACCCCCGGCAGAUACAAGGCAGGUCUGAGGGUCCACGCGGUGAUAUUUUUGAUAGUCUCUGUGUUUACAAUCUUGGAGAACCUGCUGGUCUUCAUCGCCAUCCGGAAGAACAGCAAGUUCCACACGCCCAUGUUUUACUUGCUCGCCAACCUGACAAUGUCCGACCUGCUGGCGGGGGUGACCUAUUUGGUCAACAUCCUGCUGUCCGGUGCCAACACGAUCAAGCUGACGCCGCUGUGGUGGUUCCUGAGGGAGAGCGGCGUUUUCAUCACCCUCACCGCCUCGGUCUUCAGCCUGCUGGCCAUCGCGGUGGAGAGGCAUGUCACGAUGGUGAGGAUGCAACUGCACAACACGGACAAGAAGUGGCGCACUCGGCUCUUCGUGGGCGCCGACUGGAUAUUCUCGUUCUUCCUCGGGAGCCUCCCAAUCUUGGGUUGGAACUGCAUUGGGAACCUGCGCGUUUGCUCCACCAUGCUGCCGCUCUACUCUAAGAAAUACAUCCUGGUGUGCAUCCUGAUCUUUAUCUUUGUCCUAUGUGCCAUCGUGAUACUGUACGUCCGCAUCUACCUUAAGGUCAAGACUAACAGUCUCCCCAUAGGCACUUCCAGAACGACCAUGUCCAAGAAGUGCCAGAAAUCUCAGGCGUUGCUGAAGACUCUCACCAUCGUGGUCGGCACUUUUAUUGGCUGCUGGCUACCGCUCUUUAUCGUGCUGCUACUGGACGUCGCCUCAACUGCGAGGAGCUCUUUGAUUAGUAACUUGGCCGAUUAUUGCCUAGGACUGGCCAUGUGCAACUCCGCCUUGAAUCCCGUCAUUUACACCCUGACCAACAGGGACAUGCGCCAGACCAUUGUGCGCCUGCUAUGCCUGACCAAAGUCGGGGAGCAGCCUCGCUGUUGCGGGGUGAUCAUCUCCGAGUGUAGCAGCACCCAGCAGGACAGGUCCUCCAUGCAUAGACACGAGCUGCUCCACACCACCCUCAGCUCCGGUAACGGACCGCAGUCUCCCACCAGGAUCUCGCUGGUCUGACACCAUCACGCUCUAGUCUACCUUAGAUAGACACAAAAUGCUGGAGUAACUCAGCGGGACAGGCAGUAUCUCUGGAGAGAAGGGAUGGGUGACGUUUCCGGUCGAGAUGGGGUUAGGAGGGAGAUAGAUCGA